AUGACCUCCAAUCAGACUCCGGCUUCCACCUCCCUCGCUGUACUUGCAGACCCUCCAAUAAGACAAAUAGAUGGCGCAGUCAUGGAUUACUUUCUUAUUGAAAUGGUUGCAACUCUACGUGAAUCGGCAGCUGUGGCUACGGCCCGUUCAAAAAAGAUAGAACAAGAAAUGGUGGACACCGGGCUAAUUCCACCCCCUAUGCCAGUCCCAUCUUCAUUGAAGAAAGAUUCAGCUCGAGACUCUGUUACCAGUCUUACAUCAAAAUCAGGGAGCGCCAGUGGAAAAGGAGCUCUGGACGAAGAGGAAGAGCCUGUGCGGCAGAGAUUAGAAGCAAUUGGCAUGCAUGUCGGAUCCAACUUUUCAGAACGAUUGUGUCGAGAUAGAGCUAUGUUCUCUGAGACACUGGACGCCAUCAAAUUCAUAUGUAAAGACGUGUGGGCAGCCUGCUGGGACAAGCAAGUAGACAAUUUGCGGACAAACCACAGAGGUGUGUAUGUCCUCCAAGAUAACUCAUUCAAGCCAAUAUCGCGUCUUUCGUCAUGGGAAUCGCGUGCCGAUGCAAUUAAACGUGCCCGUCUAUAUGCAGCGAUGCCUGCAGGCAUUAUUCGCGGUGCGCUUCAACGGCUAGGUUACACAGGAGCCGUCAUUCCAGAAAUCACAUCAAUGCCUCAGUGUACAUUCCAAAUCAAGCUACCGAAAGGCUCAUAA